UAAGAAGAAGACACAUUAAAAUUUCCCAAAACAUUUCAAUCUGCACAAGGCAAAUAAAUAAGUGCAUUUAGCUAUCAAUAUUAUAAGUUUUCUCACAAAUAUGCCCCGUUCCGACAGUGAUAGUCCCCGCGACCGACGACGAAAAGAGCGCUAUAAAUCAAGAGACCCAUCACGAUCUCCUUCCCGAGACCGAAAAGACUCAAGGGACCGUGACCGUCGUCGUCGCCGCGACUCACCCUAUUCAAGACGGCGAUCAAUAUCGCCAGACCGGAGGAAAACAUCUUAUGACCGUUCACCAACUUCUUACCACAGCACAUCCUCACACCGCUCCAAAAGGAGAUCUUCCUCGCGCCACCGAUCUCGCUCUGAUCACAAGAAAUCCCGGCAUCGUAGAAACCGCUCUUCCUCCGAAAGCAGUACAUCGAGUAGCAGCUCGUCGCCUUCGCCACGAUCAAAGUCUCGUUCAAAGAAGCGCAGCUCAAGCCCGGAAGUGGUUACAGUCAACAAUGAGCCAGUUGCGGCUCCAAGUUUCAAUUUAGAAUCGUCAACAAACGAGGAAAAGCGAAAGUUGCUGAUCGACGAAAUCGACGCGGAUAGCUUCGUCCCCAAAACGUUUACAAGCACCAAAAAGGUGCCGGACAAGGUGAUAAUUGAUCUGCAGAAAGAUACCAUCUCCGUGCCGCUGGUGGAGAAGACUGCGCCUGACGAAGACGAAAUUAUCCAUCCAAAUUUCUUGGGAAACGACGAGGAACGAAUGGAGAGAUGGAUCAGGAAACUUUUCAUUUACCGGCAGAAGCACUCUGACGAGUAGACUUAAGAGGAAGUUUGCCAAAUUCGCCAAGAUACCAGCCUAACAGCAAGCUUACGACUCUCUUUGAACCCCUAAAUAAAAUUCCUGCGAUUUUUUCAACAAUAAACUUUAUUAAACCGUACUCUAAGCGUUAAAGCAUUUCUAAAACGAAUUUCCUAAAAAAUAUCCGACCCCGUUUUCCGCGCAUUUUGAACAGCCUCUUCAGGUGUGAGUUUCUCUUCCUUUGAUGGUUCC